AUGCUCAAAAAGAAAGUAGUAGCAGAGAAAGUUGGCACUGCUAAGAUUUCAAAAGCUCCUGGUUAUCAAAAAGUGGCACUAGUGGCUGUAUCAUUGGCAAAUGCUCUUGAUGGUCUUGAAUUUUCUGCCAAUGAACCAAGUAAUAUAUUGGCUGAGCAUGAUUCAAAUAUCCUUAAAAAGGAUGAUCGAAAAAAGGGCAUUGAAGAUUUUAAAAAUAAAGAAUUUCUUGAACGAUUUCUUACAGAAAAUACUUUUCACAAUU